AUGGAUGCCCAUAAUCACCAAACAUGCCUCGGCAUCCCAGUUCCUCUUUCGGUGAAAGCCUUGGCCAAGGCACCCCCAAUCUGUCUCCCAAGUCGUGCAGAUUGUGAAACUAUCGAGAUACUCGAAAAUCUUGGUAACCAGUUCAAUCGUCCGAAAGAUGAAAUCAAACAAGCGCAGAAUCUGGCCGCCGGCCUUUCAGACAUAGUUAUCAUUCUCGAACGUCCACGCGACAGAUAUUACCACCCGUACAAUGUUGGUUUUGACGAAUUCGUCAAAACCUGUCCGACACUUCAGGCCGUCGACGAGCUCAUUCGCUUCGCCACCCGCGGGGCUCGAAGCAUCCAUACUACUACCGUCUUGGAUGCAUUCUCUUAUCAACCCGACAAGAAGGUAACGAAGCAAGACCAAAAGUGCCAUGAAGCUCUUGCUCGGAUUUUGAAAAUAAAAACGCCAAAGGUCAUAAUAAGGUGUCACCGCGACGAGUAUAAAGACGAAUGGUUGAAGUGUAUUGAGCAGAAAGGCGAGGAUUACAAACUUGGGCGAAAGGAAAUCAUCAUCGCCGAGGACACUACAACAGCUACAACAGUUGUCUUACAGACUUUCCAUCCAUCUUGUGCCAGCAUUACUGAUGUAUCACUUCGUGGCCGCUUUUGGGGAACUGAGAUGUGA